CUAUAAUCUACUAUCAAAGUAUCAAGGAGUUUAAUCAGUUUAAACAUUUUUUAUUAUUGUAGGUUCAUUCAUGACCCAUUAAAUGGACUCAGCUGCCCCUCCAUUUAGAUUUCAUAAAUAAUAUGGAGUAUAAACUAGUUGCUAAUUACAUAUUUUCAGAAAAACGUUACAUUUAAAUAUUUAUUUUGUUUAACAAUAUGUAAUAAAUUAUAAUCAGUUGAAUUUCCUCUAGUAGUAUUUACUAUUUUUCGAACAAAAAUGUAUAUUCAAAAUAUUCAUGGUCUAGUUAGACAAAAAAAAACCCCCAAAAACAAUACACUUGACGUGAUAACAAGUUUGUGGUGUCCGUGUUUGUGAUAAAAAAACAACGGUAUUCUGUUUUUUAAUGUAAUUUUAUUUUUAAUGUUAGUUAUAGUUGUUAGUUACAAAUCUUAUAGAAGAAAACCUAUUAUUAAUCUACUAUUUCGGUAUGAUUUCCUUUAGAAUAGUAUUAUUUUUAGAGUAGUAAUAGUGUAUACCGUAGUUAAAUGAAAGUAUGAACUAUGCAAAUCAGACAAGUAGAAAGGAAUUGUGUCACAUACACACGUUACACAGGUAGCCACCUGGUGAAAUAAGAUCGUUUGGACUUCUAGUUUCUACGCUUUUAUUGAGAAAUUACAAUGGAUCAUGCAGAACUUGUGUUGGAAAUGGCUCAUUUGGAGCGUAUGCCUACAGCUGACCGACUGGCUCUAGCUAGAAGACGCCGGGUACAGCAGUUACGUCUAUGGUCACAAAAAGAUCGAGAAAAAAGGAAAUUGUCACCACCACGCAACAAUAGACACAUAUUCUUCAAUGACAACGUUAUGUUGUUAGAAGCUGCAUCCCGAAACGAUAUUGACGAAGUUAAAAGAUUAUUAGUCAAAGGAGUCAGCCCAGACGCAACAAAUGAAGACGGUCUAACUGCUUUGCACCAGUGCUGUAUUGAUGACAACGAACAAAUGAUGAAACUCUUAGUUGAAUUUGGUGCAAAUGUUAAUGCUGAAGAUAGUGAAAAAUGGACUCCUUUACAUGCUGCUGCAACAUGUGCUCAUUUGCACCUGAUUAAAUAUCUUAUCGAUAAGGGAGCUAAUCUACUUGCUGUUAACGCUGAUGGCAACAUGCCAUAUGAUAUUUGUGAGGACGAAUCUGCAUUAGAUCUGAUAGAAAGUGAAAUGGCUAGACGCGGUGUGACUCAAGAAUUAAUUGAUAAUACACGGGCUACUACUGAAUCUCGAAUGCUAAAAGAACUACAACAAGCAGUCAAAGAUAACCAGACUUAUUUGCUCGAAUCAUAUGACCACCAAGGAGCGACUCCUUUGCAUAUUGCUGCUGCUAACGGCUAUUUAAAAGUAGUUGAAUUUUUGUUAGACCACCAUGUUGCAACAGAUGUUAAAGAUUCUGACGAUUGGCAACCAGUACAUGCAGCUGCUUGUUGGGGUCAUUUAGAAGUGUUGGAAGUAUUAGUACAAAACGGUGCUGAUUUAAAUGCCAAAACAAAAAAUGAUGAAACGCCAUCAGAUAUUUGUGAAGAUCCAGAUUUGCGUGAUCGUAUAUUACAAUUACGCAAUGAACAGGAAACUAAGAAAGAGGCUCAAAAAUGGAGAAUAAGGCGUACACAAUCAAACAACACUAGAGCUCAGUCUGUCAGAAGAACUUCAAUAAGAGAGAAAACUUUAACUUCUAAGAAAGAUGCUGUCGAGGAAGCUAGGCUUAGAAUUGAAGCUCAAAAUUUUGCGAAAAAGUUUUUAGCUACGACUGCUCGAGCAUCUAGUGAUUUUGAGGGUGAUUCAUCGCUGGAAUCGUACAGUCCAAUUGCAAUAGUUCCCAAUAUACCUACUGGUGAACGCCAUGAGCCUGAAGGUGAAAAUGUAAUUAUAGAAGAGAAAUCACAAGUAGAAAAAGUUGAAGUAGCUCCAGCAGCCGAAACUUGCUAUACAACAGAAAGUGAUGGUAAAAUCAAUAUACACGUUUCGGUGACGAUUAACGCAGGAACAUUAGCCGAGUUGAAAAAACAGAGAGCCCAAACACGUGCAGCUACAGGGUCUAUAAACAACAAUGCUGAUUUGCCAUCCGAUUCUGAAUCUGCAUUUAACCGAUUUGCUGGUGAUACCGAAGAUGUAAUUGUUGGUGCCCCUUUAAAAGCCAGAAGAAAAUGCUGUAUAAUUUUUUAACUUUAAAGCCGUCCUACGUUUUAGGACAUUGAAUAAUUUUUUUUUACUUAUAAUAAUAAUAUUUAUUUAAUUAUUAGUGUUUCUUCUUAUUAUUAUUGUUAUAAAUUUCCACGAUUACUUAAUUUUUUCCUUUUAUUGUGUACUUAAACAUCACUGAAUUAAUUCCGUCCAUUAGAUUUAUUUAUUUUAUAUUAUAUACUAUAUUAUAUACUGUCGGUAAAAGUCUUGAAUGUGGGCCAUUAGUUUAAUAUUAGAUUGUAGUCAUUUACAUAACUGUGAUAAAUUUGUGUUUUUGAAAAACUUGAACCUUCCUAACAUAUUUUUUAAAAAAUAUUUAUUACUGAAAGCAUAAAUCAAACCAAUUUUGUAUACAUUCCAAUAAUUAAAAUUUUUUGUA